GAUGUUUUCCCCGACGACGUGUUUACUGCUGUUAGGGGCGAUGGGUGUGGUGUCUGGAUUGAUCAUUGGUGACGAGGGUCCUCCUGGUGUUGCUACUGAGAAGACCCCCGUCUACUUCCCAAUCCUGCCUGGAGACUUCAAGGACUUCGGCAUCAAACUGGGCGGUAGCGGGAAGGGUAGGGUGCAGAAAGUUGACAUGCCCGUCACCACCACCAAGCCCACCACCACCACUGACCGUCUACCCAUCAAUCUUGACGGUGUCAUCAGUCACGUCGCCCUCGAGCCAGUGACGAAGCCACCUGGGCCUUCCUACCUGACUGAUUCCUACUACUACAUCGACGACCACACGCCGCUGCCAGGGUCCGUGGAACAGUCUGACGAAGAUCUUGGUCAUGGCGACCUACCUGAGCUGGACAGAGAGAGCGAGAACCAGGCACUGCAGAGUCUGAGGCCCCUCACCUCUCACUCCUUCGGGGAGAAAAUGCCUACCGCCCUCGCUCUCAUCGGCCCCAUACGUACUCGCGCCCCCAGCACGCCCACGCGAGCCCCCAGCUCACCCACUCAAGCCCCAACUAUUCCCACACGCGCUCCAAGACUUCCCUCACGUGCCCCACGACCGUCCACACGUACUCCAAGCCCACCCACAAGCAUUGUAACCCUACCCACACGUGCCCCACGCCCAUCCACAGGUGCCUCACACCCGCCCACACGUACCUCAAACCCUUCCGUUCGAGGUCCGGCCCGCUCCACCACCUAUGUUCCACGUCGCACUACGCCCGCUCCUCCUCCUACUCCCUCCCGCCGAGUGUCUCUCCCACCUCCCACCACCCCCGCCCCUCCCACCCUCACUACAGCCAUCCCUAACAAAUUCGUCAAGCUUAGACCAGCAUACACGCCCAUCCCUACCCCCCGACCUUCCACCGUCCCCACCCGCGUCCCCACCACUUCACGGAACCGGGUCAACUACACCCCUCAUGGUUCCUCCCGUCACACCUCCCGCACCCCUACCCAAGUCCCUGCCCGAGUGUCCUCCCGUGCUCCCUCCCUCGCCCCAACCCAUACUCCUACCCACGCCUCCACCACCAGACCUGCCACCGUCAGACUCAUCUCCAGAAGACCUAAGUUCGAGUCCUCCCGCCUGAGUGUCGUGGAAAAGGACGAUGUCCAGAGACCCACACCAGCACCUACGACCGCUUACCGCACGCCCACGCCUCCUACCGUGGCUGUCACCACCACCACAAGCAGAAGCUACAGCAGGAGAAGGCCGUCAGCGAACUCAACUCCCCGCCGACAGUACUUGAGCUCUACAGGGAAAAACAGGCAGGCGUCGCCAGUGUACCGCACGUCCACCAAGGCGUACCGUGCACCCUCCUCCCUGUACCACGUGAGGGGUCCCUCCACCACCACCGUCACAGCACCAGCACAGCCUGACUUCGUACAGUCCGACCAAAACAUCUACGUGCCAGUGGAGUACGACGAGGAUGCCAUCCCCGGGGAGGCUGGCGUCGACUACCCCGUCUACGCCUCAGUGCCAGAUACAACCUUCACUUGCGAAGCCCAGCAGCAUCCAGGCCUCUACGCCGACGUCGACGCCCAGUGUCAGACGUUCCACAUCUGCCAGGAGGACGGACGUCAAGACGCGUUCCUCUGUCCCAACGGGACGGUCUUCAACCAGCAAUACUUCGUGUGUGACUGGUGGUACAACUUCUCCUGCGACCACGCCUCUAGGUUCUACUCCCUCAACGCCCUCAUCUACGAGCUACCAGACACAGACAAAUACUCCCGGAAAUAAUAAGCAAAUUUUAAACUAGACUUAAAAAUAUAUAUACUUUUACAUAUUUUGUAUUUUUUUACUCAAUUACGAUAGAGUUUCGUGUUCCCAAACGUGCACUGUGCUUCAUCAUUCAGUAAUUAGAAUUCGGUAGUGAGUGAGACUACAGGGAAUGUAACCUAAGUUACUUGUGUAUUAUUCAUUGUGUACAUGGAGUGAUAAUUAUAGUUUCAUGUAAAUAUAUGAAGUAUCUAUUUUUUUACAUUUGUAUAUAAAGAUGUAGGAUGGUGUUUCGAUCAAUCCGAGUGUGUAAUUCUAGGAAUCUUCCAUAUUAAAAUCCUCCAUAGUAUUGACACCCAAAGGCUUCCUGCCACGUCUCAGUCAUUUAUAUAUAAAUCCACAUCAAUGUAAGUAAUACUAAAAAAAAGAAAUAUUUUAGAUAUCCAAAAAAGUUUGCCAUACAUACGUGCCUAGAUGUAGGAUGUCUUAGCAACGGUGCUAGUCAGGUCUCGAGCGUUCACGACCCUCUACGAUUGGCAGAGAAAAACCCGAUUUUUCUUUCUCUGGGAGUCAAAUAAUUAAUUUUAUGAGUAAAUGUUGGCCUCAAGGCGCUUGGAUUGAUUUCGUCGAGUCAUCAAGCUUGAAAGUGGUAGAAGAGAGUCUUUUGUUAAGCACGAACCUUUCUUUAGUCUUCCUUGGGCGAUAGCCUGACAUCUGCAAAUUCUCUUUCACGAGUUCGUGUAGAUGAUGGAGGUCUUGUGUGGGGAGAUAGUCAGGACCUGAGGCUGAACACGCUGGAAGAACAUUGAACUUGUGAUAUUUUAUGAAGUUCUUCAUAUCGAGGCCCGAGUGUCAGUAUCAUUCCUUUCACUCUGAAGCUUUAUCGUGUAUACACCUGCUUCAUUAGAACACCUGUAGCCUUUACCUUAAAGAAUAACUUUCAGGGUAUGAACAAUCUACAUAUAUUUAGGGUCAAUGAAGUUUAAUAUUUUAGGACCCGAGUUCGAACUUAUUUGUUAAGCAGAAUCUCGCCAGGUAACAGACCACCAGGAUCCUGGCUGCCCAAAAAAAUUUUUGUAUAAAUAAAACGCUUUUACUCCUCCUUGGCUUGUCCUGGUGGGGUGCUUCUCACACCUUGUCUCGCUGUUACCACUAUAGGAAAUGGUGUGUAAUUUCUUAAUCUGUCGGUCAACAACAGAAGCUCAGUAUCGUAGCUCAGUUGUGUUGCCUCUGAAUCUUGUCUGGUAUAUUCUUGUUCUUAUUUAUUUUUGGUUCUGGGGCUUAGAUCUUUAUUCUUCGAUUUUUUUAUAAGUGAUUAAUAAUCACUAAGGUUUUCUGUGUGUCUCUUCCGCACUCAUUAUGGUAUAGUGUUUAGUUCAUUACCAUCUUGGGUAAAUGCAAUAAACGACAAGUUUUUGCUAUUUUAACUCCUGAAUCCGUGAUCGACUUGUCGUACUUUCGAUAGAUGACUUAGCUAAAUCUAAGCUUCUUUUCCUGGUAUUCUUCUUGAGUCUACCCUCCCUCAUGAAUGUGGGCGCAAUGAAGGUGUAGGUUUAAAUAAUAUUACUUGUAUAUAGUAAACAAUUUCAUAUAUAUAUAUAUAAAUAUAUUGUGCUGUAUAGGUAGGUGUGCGUGAACGCCUCAUCAAUAUCUGUGUAUUUGGUCAGUUUUCUUGAGCCUGUGAGCUGCAGUGUAUAACACAAUACUAGGGAAAAUAGAUACAGUAAGACGGUGUACUUGUCUGUAUCACGUGACUUCAUAUACUUAGAAAAUAAAAUGCUUAGACUAAAUUUUGUACUACACGAGACGUGUUGGCUUAUGCACAAAAUUAAAAAUAUCGAUAACCCCCAAAUUAAAACUUUCAUGAAGAGUCACAUAAGAGGUUCAGUGUAAGCACAGUACGUUUUGUUGGGUGUGUGUAAAGAAAAUUAUUAUAGUAUUUAUGGGCGUAAGAAUCAGUUAUGCCAACUGUGAACCCUGGAAGUUAAAACAAGAACAGUGUACAAACGUUCAAGUGUUGGCGAGUGUACCUCAGAACACCUUAAGUUUUGCAUAUGUAAAGUUAUUUAUAGUUGGAACGGCACUAAUUUACCAGCUCAUAGGUACGCUAUAACGUCUUCUUUACACCCAACCACAGUGUCGUGCUAACUUAUAUAACUUUGUUUCAUGGAAUGUGCAUCAUGACUAACUCGUUGAUCUUGUGUAAUAUGGAAUGAAUCUUGUGUUAUAAUAAGAUGAAUUUCUAUGCAUUUAAUUAUCUAAGUAAUUUUGCCUCAAAUGUACCAUAAUUUUCUGACUGGCAAAAAUCAGAAUGUCAUAGCUCAUACUUUUAUUCCUGACGACCUGAAUUGAUAAUUAAUUUAUUGUAAAUUUUAAAGUACUGUUGACUCUUGUUAAAAUUAUUUAAUCUAUGAUAAUAUUCCUAUUUAUCUUCAUAAUUACCUGUUAUUAUUUAUUUCAUAUUAGAAUCUUUUAAGUUCUCUAACUAUAUGAAUUAUCCAUAAGUUUAUAAAUUAUAUUUAUUCUACACUAUAGCAACUCCAAUUAGUAAUACUUGAUGAAAGUGGUCCGGCCUUAACAGUUACCAGACGAAAUUUCUCCAUAGAAGAUACACGCUUUCUUACCGCGAGAAACAGAGUAAAGCGUUUUACGUCACAUCACUCCGACGAUUCUUGACGUUACUCUGCACCUCAGCUCCGGCCUCCACCUAUUUGUAAAUUUUUCAAGUCGGCCGAUGAUAUCUUUCAGACAUUUUUUUUGUUCUUUCUCCUGAAGAUGAUUUUUAUUUUAUUUUUUUACAGAAGAGUGAUCAAAUAGAUGCCUCACUUUCUUUCGUCCGACACAACGAAAUAAAAUAAAUCUUUCCUGAACUGGCACGAAAGCAUUUUAAGUGAUUUAAAUUAUUGGCGCCAGUGGUGCCCAAAUCAAACAUUCUGUAGCAAGUAACACAUAUUCUUACAAUGUAACAUUUCGUUCAUAAAACGAAUAAAAUUAUCCUGCCUGACCUAACUUAACCUAACCAACCUAAAAUAUUACAUUACUUAUUUUGCUCUUCUAAAAUAUAAUAAAUUCAUUUCUGGCGCCGGUGACAAGGCAGGUCUUCCUCCACCCAUUUCAUACAUCAAAAGCCAGUAUUUCACAAAACGCUCUAUUUUAUUUAUUUUUUUUUUUUUUGUUUCUCGAGGUAAGAAAAAUUUUGUUUUCAAUGGAGAAAUUCCGUCAGGUGGCUGCUAAGGCCAGAUCGCUCUCAAGUAUUACCCUUCAAUUUCUAUAAUUUAUUUAUUUUAUAUGAACACUUCUUUGGACCCGAGUCGGUUCUUCACUAUCUUAAAAUAAAAAUUUAUACACUUUACUUGAACAAUUCCCACACAUACAUACAAUAUAUGGCUGGUACACCCCAACUCUCCGCGACCAUAUUUUUGUCUCCAUAUUUUGAGAAUUUACGUCAAAUAUUACACAUGGGAGCAAAUGUUAAGUGAAUAAAAUGAUCAUUAGUGAA